GACUUGGAAAUGUCACGUCCAACAUGAGUACGUCGAUGAUCAAAGUUUCGUGUAUCUGGAUCUUUUCCUUGAGGUCUUUGGCAGCAAUGAAGUUCAGGUAAAAAGGUCCAAUUUUGUCGUAGACGACCUGCAUCUCGACAAUCGCGGGCUGAGUGACGGCUUUACCGUAACUGUCGCAUAGGCAGUAGCGGAUGUGAUACUGGGAUUCUUCGAGGAGCUUCUUCUGGAAGUUUAAAUUCAAAAAGAAGAUCUCUCCAUUGUCUUCGUCAUUGUGCACAGGCUUGACUUUCACAAUCUUCAGGUUGAAUGGAUUUCGCUGUUUUCCUCUUUGAAGGUACAGGGAACUGGACUCGAGAUACUGUUCGGAAUAGAGCUUCUUGAAAUUAGAAAUAGUCCACAGGUAGCGAAUUCCACAUCGAAUGUGCAUUUGUAGGCAGCUGCCAUCGCCUGCUUCUCUCAUCGUAAUUUGAAUACUAUCUGCGUUUUUAAAUAAGAGGCGGCGCUUAAUAAUAAGAGUGACUGGCUUUAGAGCAAACAACAAUAAAUCUUUACCUUGCUCGUAGUAAAGAAAGAAGUCGAUCAACGACGGAUUUGAUUGACAUUUAAAACAAACACCAAGUUCGUUUACACUAUGAUAUCACAAUACACACUUUGCACUCGCAACCAAUUGAAACGCAAUCAACCUUCGGACAUCCAAGAGAAGCAGUGGUAGCUAUUUACAACCAGCUUUACAGUGAAAUAUUUUAAUUGCCUCUUCGAUCGUUGGCUAUUUAAACUAUCUCGUGUACGUCGAACGGUAAACAUCAAGAGCCAGCCAGAGUAGGUAUAGGCAUAGAGGGACGACUGUGCGGCAGUCCUCCCCCUUCCACUGUUGCUCUCAUCGCCGCACGGCUAUGCUUGUUGCGCGAUCGCGCGUGCUUGCACAGUACCACGGAAAACAAUGGCUAAUGAACCGGAGAAAGUUUCGGCCAAUCGGAUGCGAUCUUUGGAUUUCAUUUCGAUUUCAGUUUAAUUGCGAUCGUCUGCUUUUCGUUUUUUCAACGCCGUUAUUCAUUGCUCGCGUAUUUUGUACGCGCAUUAGAAUACUUUUGUUCAAAUGAAAAUAUAGCAUUUAUUCGUUUACGGAUUAGACGGAACUGGACAUAGUUUAAAUAUGAAAGCUAAGAAGGUAUUACUUAGAGGAAUGAUAAUGCAAAUUGUAAUAGUAAUAAUAUUGUAUCAUAAAUAUAUUCAAAGUUUGGAUCAUCAAAAUUAUCCAAACCGAGUAUUCGAUCCACACGAUAGAUUGGAAAUAGAGAAAAGAGUUUUAGCCAAAAUGAAAAAAAGAUGGGAUGUGUACAAUCUUCAAAAUGUAAAAUUUGGAAGAGAUCGAGAUUUUCUAUGGCCCUACGGUAUAGUCCCUUACACAUUUGAGAAAAGCUACCCCUUAGAAUGGGCGAUGAUUUUUGAAAAAACUGUCAGAUACGUCAAAAGGACCACGUGCAUUCGUUAUCGUCGUCGCAGGCCUCAAGAUCAAGACUACAUCGAAGUGGCUCAUCUGAACACUACGGCCGCUUGUAACAGAGGCAUUACAGGCUACUUUCGAGGUCGAACUUUCUUAUACCUGCAAAGCCAUUGCAUUCAUGAUCGGGGUUUGACCUUGCACAUGAUGAUGAUAGUAUUAGGCUUCUAUGACCAGCAUAACCUACAUAACCGCGAUGACUACAUCAAUAUCCAUUGGGAUAAUGUGAUCCCUGAGGCCAAAGCUUACUUGUAUAAAUAUCGACCUGAAGACUCUACGGAUUUUGGACUGCCAUAUGAUUAUCACAGCGUUAUGCAGUUGUACGAUUGGGUUUAUGCUAACAAAGAAAAUGUAACUACGUUUUCUCCUAAGAUCAAAGGCGUCACUCUAGGACCACGCAAUAAGUUUAGCCCUGAUGAUAUAAUGAAAAUUAAUACGCUUUACGAGUGGGAGUGCGCGGCACGAGAAUACAAGGAGAGUCUUUCGAAAGAACCAUUGUAACCAAAGAUAAAAUAAAUUUCUGAUAAUCAU